ACAUAAGAUGUGUCGUCUGCUCAGGGCCUUUGUAGGGGAGACAACUGUCACGCAAUGGCCGCGACUUCCGGUGUCCAUGCCGACUCCACAAUGGAAAUUCAGAUUGUUCACUCUCGCAGUGGUGAUAUCAUCACUACACUUGGUGAUCUCCAUGCAAAAUCGACAGUUGGAGACAUCAAAAAAGCUUUCUUUAAAGAAAAGUCCAAGUACUACCCAGAUAGACAGUCAUUCAGAACAGAGCCAAGAGGAAAAGUAAUCAAGGACACAGAAACACUUGAGUCCCUAGGUAUAAAAAAUGGUGGUAAACUUUACUUCAAAGAUCUAGGGCCACAAGUAGGAUGGACUACAGUGUUUUUGACAGAGUACGCAGGCCCUCUAGUUAUAUAUCUGGCCUUCUACACUAGGCCUGCACUGAUUUAUGGAGCAGAAGCAGCUACCCUUCCUUAUGCUAAAGUUGUGAACAUUGCAGCUGGUUGCUGGACAUUCCACUAUGCUAAGCGUCUGCUGGAGACCAUCUUUGUGCAUCGGUUCUCUCAUGCUACAAUGCCCAUCAGAAAUAUAUUUAAGAACAGUCUCUACUACUGGGGAUUUGCUGCCUUUGUGGCUUAUUUUGUCAACCAUCCUCUUUAUACCCCUCCUGCUUAUGGUGACAUCCAGGUGUAUGGCGGUCUUGCAGUCUUUGCUCUUAGUGAGCUGGGAAAUUUCUCCAUCCAUCUUGCACUCCGCAGUCUUCGCCCUCCGGGGACGAAGGAGCGUAAGAUUCCAUAUGCCACUUCUAAUCCCUUUACCUGGCUUUUUAGCCUGGUGUCUUGUCCCAAUUACACCUAUGAAGUGUUGUCAUGGAUUGCUUUUUCAGUCAUGACACAGUGCCUGCCAGCGGCUCUCUUCACACUUGCCGGCUUUUAUCAGAUGGCUGUGUGGGCUAAGGGAAAGCAUCAUAACUAUCGCAAGGAGUUCAGCAAUUACCCACGCUCCCGAAAGCCUAUAGUUCCAUUCCUGUUUUAAUGAUAUUCCCAACAUGACAUACAUGACAGGUAGAUUCCUUCUUUCUCUCAGACAUUAAUAUUUUAUGCUUGAUUUUAUGAAUAUUAAAGUGAAAAAUGACAAGCGUCUUUGAAGUGGUUGUUCAUGUGUAAAGCAUCAACUUUUGAGACAAGAAGAACAAAGGAGGUUUGAAAUGAUGUUUUUCUCCUCAUGUGUCUGAUAAAUCUGAAUGCUAUGUAUGAAAGAACAAUUAGUUUGCAGCAGAAAGAGAUGUGUCAUAGAGAAAUACAAGUGUUUAUCUUUGUGAGGUACAGAUAGUUAUUAUUGUGUGCUGUGUUUCCUUCAAAAAUAAUUAUUGGUGGUUUAAAAAGUAUUGCACUUGCAUUUAUAUUUAUAUCAUGAUUUGUAUCAUUUUCAUUUAAACUGCAUUUGAUAUCAAACAAUUAGCCUUUGGCAUGCUUAGAAAACAUAAUUUUUCUUUUUAUUUUCUUUUGGAAGAACAAACAAAAAAAGUUUUCUUGGUUGUUUCUAUCUUUUUAAAGGUUCACAGAUGAUAGUUUCUUUAUGGAAAUGGAAUUAAAACUAUUAUAAAUUCUA